AUGGCCCCGGUAGCUGUGGAAACCAAGGUGGAUGCAGGGCUGACUUCACCUAGCUCCGCCUCGCCGAACAAGCUCAUCUCCAGCCUAUCACCCACCACGCCUACCGACGCAAUGGCAUCAACCUCGAAACGAACGCUCGAAGGUGAAGAGGCAGACAUGGAAACCAACUCUACUCUCUCUAACGUACCUCAGUCUCCACAAUACAAGAAACGCACGUGGGCACCGUCGCUACACCUCACUGAAGCACCGCAACCGCCGCAACCCGAUCCACGAACAGUCUCCGAGAUGGCCGCGCAAUCCGCCGCCACUGCUCUCGGCUACGAGGGACGCAGGAUCAAAAAGUUCAUGCAGCGUCGAACUGUGGAUUACUUUGGUGCUCUUUCACAUCUGAGGUUAAGACAGCGUUUGUCUACAACGACACGACCCGACGGAUUAAGGGGAGGAGUGUAUCCGACGCCUCAUGCCAUUCCGAAUUUUCUUCUCCCCGCUGGUUAUGAUAAUCUUAGCACCAAUGUAGCAAAGCAACUGGUUCAUACGAGCACCAACAAGAUUCGCUGCCCCGUCAAUGUGGUCAGAUGGAUGCCGGAUGGAAGACGGCUGUUGACCGGUUCAACUUCGGGCGAGUUCACGUUGUGGAACGGGUUGACGUUCAACUUUGAGACGAUCAUGCAGGCGCACGAUUCGGCGGUACGCGCGAUGGCGUGGUGUAAAUCCGGAACAUUUCUAAUCUCUGCAGAUCAGAACGGAACGGUCAAGUACUUCCAAUCCAAUCUCAACACGUUGCAGUCGUUCACCGCGCACACGGACUCUGCGAGAGGAUUGGCGUGGUCUCCGGACGACUCCAAGUUCGCCUCAGGUGGUGACGACAGUCUGCUCAAGAUCUGGGACUUUGAUUCGUCCAAACAGAUUCGCGAAUUGAGCGGGCACGGUUGGGAUGUAAAAUGCUUGGAUUGGCAUGCAAGCAAAGGCAUGCUGAUCAGCGGCAGCAAAGACAACCUCGUCAAAGUAUGGGAUCCACGAGCCACACCGGGUGGGACGUGCCUAGCCACGUUUCAUAACCACAAGAACACGGUGCAAGCGUGCAAGUUCUCGCCAGAUGGUUUGCGCUUCGCCACAGCAUCGCGCGAUAUGACGGUCAAGCUGUAUGAUCUACGCAUGAUGGCCGAACAGACGACGUUGAGGGGGCACAACAAGGAGGUGUGUUCGUUGGAUUUCCAUCCGCUGCAUCACGAUCUGCUGGUGAGCGGUGGAAGCGAAGGAAGUAUGCUAUUCUGGGAUCUGAGUGGAGCGACCAACCAGGCGUUAUCGGGAUACAACUGGGGAGAGAGCAGUAUGAUUGGCGGUGGAGGAGACGGGAUGGAUGUGGGGGAGGGACGCAAGAGUGGAGACGAGUUGUUGUAUCGAAAUGAGACGGCGCACGAGAGCAACGUGUGGAGCUUAGAGUGGCAUCCGUUUGGGCAUCUGUUAUGUAGUGGAAGUAACGAUCAUAUGACGAGGUUCUGGCAGCGCGCGCGCCUGGGUGAUGCCAGCACAAGCGCAGCGCCCUCUGGAGGAGGAUUCGAUGCGAUCAACGCGAGCUUCUUAGGUGCUGGUGGAGCCGACGACAGCUUCAUUCCCGGUCUAGGGGGCGCGGGCAGUAAGAGCUUCAUUCCGACCUUUACCAACGACCAUAUGCAGCAGGAUGGUGCAAGUUUCACUGCACCAACAGCCGACGACGACUUGGCCAUUCCAGGCUUAGGUUUCACUGCCACUGCCAACCAGAGUUUCCCUCCGGCACCUACCCCAGCCUUCACCCCAGCCACAGGCGCCAACGCUCCACUACAAGGCACAUCAUCCCAAAACUUCGGCUGGAACUCCCGCUCCCAACAACAGCCUCCCCGACCAGGCGGAACCUACGGCAGCCUGUACUAA